CUGCGCAGAGCUGAGCCGAGCGGGGCCGAGCCGAGCCGGCUCUCUGGGCCGCGGGCGGAGGCCGGAGCGCGCCCGCCAUGCCCGGGCUGCCCGCGCUGGGCGCCGGCCCCGACACCGAGGAGAGCUACGACUUCCUCUUCAAGCUGGUGCUGAUCGGGGACGCCAGCGUGGGCAAGACCUGCCUGGUGCAGCGCUUCAAGACCGGGGCCUUCGCCGAGCGCCAGGGCAGCACCAUCGGCGUGGACUUCACCAUGAAGAGCCUGGAGAUCCAGGGCAAGCGGGUGAAGCUGCAGAUCUGGGACACGGCCGGCCAGGAGAGGUUCCGCACCAUCACGCAGAGUUACUAUCGCAGCGCCAACGGGGCCAUCCUGGCCUACGACAUCAGCAAGAGGGGCUCCUUCCUGUCCAUCCCUCGCUGGAUCGAGGAUGUCAGGAAGUACGCCGGCUCCAACAUAGUGCAGUUACUGAUUGGGAACAAGUCUGACCUAAGUGACCUUCGGGAGGUUGGGCUGGAAGAGGCCCAGAGCCUGGCUGACCACUAUGACAACAUCAUCUGUGCCAUCGAGACCUCUGCCAAGGACUCCAGCAACGUGGAGGAGGCCUUUGUGAAGAUGGCCACGGAGCUCAUGCUGAGGCACGGCGGGCCCAUGUUCAGCGAGAAGAACACUGACAGCAUCAAGCUGGACAGCAAAGACGUUGUGGAAGGCUGGGGGUGUGGCUGCUGAUAAGAGCUAGGUGAUAUCCCUGACCUUACUGGAAUUUAGAUGGUGCUUCACCCUAAUGCUGAGUAGCAUGGUAGCCAUACUCUCCUCCUCCUGUGAAACCAGCAAUUUUGUAGAAGUUAGACACAAUCCUGUUAGCUUUGGUGUCUUAUUUUUAAAAAGGGACUUUUGAGAGGUAGUCCUGAAAGUCAAACCCUCUGAAAAACUUCAUUAACAUUUGUCCCCACCGUUUUAUUUCCCGUAACCUUCAUACGAGUUACAAAAAUGGCAGGAACAACUUUGAAGUGGUGAUGAGGGGUGGGGAGACAGGUGGCUGGGGAAGAGGCAUGCAAAGCCAAAGCUGUGAAACAUUUCACACGGGACUGUUGGCAAAGGACGUCCCUUUUGGAAAAGGCAACCUUGACAGUGUCUCUUGAAAUCCUCAGCACUCCACUAGUGACCAAAAAGUCUUUGACAAAGGUAUUUCAAGUGUCAUAAUCCCCAGCAUUGUGAUUACAGGACCAAAUAGCAGGUACCUGUCCUAGGGCAUAGACUGCUAGUUGCUGUGGAACAGGCCCAGGUGGGGAAGCCUUCUCUCAGGUUUUGUGAUGAUUUUAAGUUAUCAUUUUAACAGAAGCAAAAUCGGCCCGAGCAAUAUCACAACUUACAGUCGAGCAGGAUUGGAAAGAUUGGAUCACGGUAGUUAUUUCAAUACAGCCUGGCGGAGAGGGUAGAUGCAUUUCAUUUGUUAUUGUUUGCACAGUGAUAACUCCUUUUUCCUAGUGGGUAUCACUGAGGUUUUGCCCUCAGGUCUCAUCAUUUCAUUUCACAGUUCAAGACUUGCACCCUGGAAACAGGAACUGGAGAAGCCUUGAGCUGACUGUAGCCACGACCUCUUGCCAUGUGCCUAAUGGUCAUUUACAGGGUUAAUUCUGGUCAUACAUUUGACAUUGUGUUACCAGAGUGCUCGUUGUUUAAGUGGCAUAAGUGGAUUUGGUUUUUGUAUUGGUUUUGUUUUUUAAACCAUCUCUUUAAAUACCAGAUGGGAAAGAAUAGCUCAGAGUAGCUGUAAACUGCAUGCAUUGCAACUUCUUACCUGGAAGAAGCCAGCAUCUUUUUGAGUGAUUCCCUCCCAGCUUUGUACCCAAAUGUUUCCCUAUCAGAAGUUACCAGUUGCUUUUCAUUUCAUGAAAACAUUCAUCAGGAAAAAUCUGUCAUUGUUGAUCAAAGUCUACAUCAUUAAGUAAAACUGAUUUCAUAAUCCAGCUACACCCAGUUCUUUCAGAUUUGGCUUUCAGUGGUAGGUGCAGCUGAAGUACUGAUGGCAGCAUCUCUGGGUUUACACUCAGGCACCUUCCAAAAAGGGAGCAGGAGGAUUUUUAACUGCUGGUAAACAGAGGUGUUCAGGGAUGGCAAGUGAUUUUUGCAGUCCUGAUUAUAUGAAGGAGCUCGUUUUCUGAAAGCACCUACUUCAAGUCAUCAUUUGUCUCUUUGGAAAAAUCUAGAUCAAAAAGGACUUGAAUUGUUUUGCUACUAGGGCUGCACCAGUUUAGCCAUUCAACAUAUCCAGUGUCAUGAAAAUGAGGAAGACUUAAGAAAGGGCUAAUGGAUACUAAUUUUAAUACUACUCAUUUUCCUGUAGAAAAUAUUAAACCAUUCUCUGGUCUGUUUUUUAAACUAUGAGGUAGAUAAUUGAGGAGUAACGUAUACUUUGUAGCCUAUUUGCUUCUAAUCUGAGGGGUUAGUUUUCAGGUUUUACAGUUGCAAGAGUAAAAGGGCCUUUUUCAAUUGGCAUAGUUUUCACAAUUCUAAUAUUUUCUGUGGAAGAGCAGGCUGAGCUGCUGUCUUUGGUAGUAUUUUUGGAUAGUUUUCCAGGACAUUCCCAUCUCUCCUACAUCCAAAGAUAACAGGCAAUAAAUUGUCCAGCUAGGCACUGAAAAUGAGAAUUGUCCAAACUCUGGAUUUGUUAGUGUACUCCCUAUAUCCUGCUCUCAGGAGAAACUAUGAAGACAGUCCAAGCUAAAACUCAGUCCUGGUGAGUGCUCUUCCUCCUGGUUAGAUGGUCCCCGAGAUACAGAAUACUCAGAAGCACCUGACUUUGUGUCAUGACACAUUACAGUUUACAUGUGAGGGUCAUAGUCCUGCAGUGCUGUGUGUGUGAACAUGGACCCCCAGAUAAGCUCAGCCUUCCACUGUUUGCAGGGUUAGUGCCAAAUUAUUUAAUGCUGAUAUAAAUUCACAGGCAUUUAAGAACAGUGUUGCUGCUACUCAGACUGAAAUCCAUAGUUUACAUAGUAACUCUUGGAGAACUGGAACAAGAUGCAAAAUGAACUGAAAUCCUGCUUCCAGUGCAGUCAAUGAUUAUCUAUUUACAGCACAUGAAGAGAUGAGGAGUUACUGAUCCAUUUUGUUAGUUUGGAGGUUUGUUCAGUAAAUAAGUGGAAUUAGCCAAGGCAUUACACUUCUCCUUACAGUUUGCCUGGACAUUUCUCUUAAACAGCCCUUGAAGGUUGAGUCUCUGUCUGCAGGUUGGUCUGGUUCAGUCACAAAACGUGCAGUGCAGCAGCAGGGACUUGUUUGCUGUUUUCAUUUUCCAGUGAAGGCACCGAUUCUGAUUAGUUUGCAUUUUGCUAUAGAAAACUAAGACUCUGGCUUGAAAUCAGUUUUGUCUUUUAACUGCUGGCUCCUCUGUGUUGUAACAAGUGUAAUACAAGUUUGCAUGCCCUGCUGACCGAGCACAAGGGAACAAAGAACUGGACUGAAGGCCUGGUUUAUUUUCACUUGGGGCAGCUCUGAGUGACGGUGCUCGGGCUGGGAGCAGUUCAGGUUUAGUUUGAGAACCAAACCUUUUCUCUGUCCACUGCAGUAGCACAGCAGUCACUACACUGAGAGCUUCUUGACCAACAGUAAGUGUAACCUGGAGCUUUGCACUGCCCUGCUGAAGACUUUCCUAGCCCUGUGACUCACACCCAGCUGUGUAAUUCAUUAGGAAGACAGUGCUGUUGGUUUAGCUCCACUAAUCCUAUUGAAACCAAAAGGGUACCUGGGAGAAGAGAGCAGCAAUAAACCUGCGAUUUACGGGUAAACGAGGUUCAGAUCUUGGGUUACAAAUGUGCACUGAUGUACAUCAAGUGAAUAAUUCAGCAGUGCAUGUUCAGAGUUCACAGCACAAACAUUUGCCAAGAAACCUGUUUACUGGCAGUUGAAUAUUAACAAAACUGUGGUGCAGUAAUUGCUUUUAAGCAGAUCUCCUUGGCUGACCAUGUGUUUGCAUUAGUAUUUAUCAUUUAUUUUUGGCAGUGCAAAAAUAUUACAAAAGCACAGAAGGAGACGUUGAUCCCUGCCUUGUAACACUUGGGAGUGGAAUGCAGAGGCAAAUACUGAAAUGAAAUCAUCAGCACAGUGGUUCCCAGGAACGGGGGCUUUGUUACCCUUUGUAUUGAUUUUGUUUUAAGCGAAUUUCAUCUCCAGUUACUCAUCCAGUCCGUCAUCACGGAUGGAACUUGUACAAAUAUUUAGAGUUUUGUAAAUACAAACCCAAAUAAAUGUCAGCCCAGAAACCUGCUAAUAUUGGCUUUGCAAAACAAAAUUUGAAAAAAAAAAUGAAAAUACUUAAGAUCAGAGGAAAUGUCCUAAUGAUUUUAUCCCUCUCACUGGACUGGAAAGCAGGUGAUUUUGGGAGGUAACACUGCAUACUAAAUGAAGCCCAGAUUUCCAAGAACUUCACCAAAUGUGGAGCUCUUGCUCAUUUUCUUUCUUUGCCUUUAAAAAUUCCACUGAUUUGAAGAACAGUCCCAGCCAGGGGACCACCUGAAUGCUUUUUGCUGUCUCCCACCAGUGCUGAGGGGAUUGGGAAGUAAUAAGAUCAUUAGUUUCUCUUUGUGGGAUUGCUUUACUCAAUGGCACAGUGAAAGUCUCUUUAAAUCCAGAGGAAUGAAUAUGUUACUUCCUCAGUAGAAAUGGUUUCUCUUUACCUAUCCUGCUGCCAAAACAUUUAUAUAUUAACAGACCACUGAAGUUUACCCUAUUAUUGUGGACAAACAGUUUGCUGGAGGAAAAUGAAGUGAGAACAAUACAUGCUUUGUGAACCUGAAAAAUAAAGUUCCUCUCCCUCAGGUACCUUCCAGCCAUGGGGUUGGCUCAGUUUAACCCCUGUCAGGCAUUCUCACAGAACGGUGGUUCUUGGAACUGAGUGCAGAUGAAUCCCAGAGUCUGGGCUAAUCACCCUAACCACUUCAUUGUCCUUGCUCAAAUGAUACUAGGUUGUUUUAUCAAAUGAAAGGCAUUCGUGUAUUUACAAAUCAGGCAGUAAAAGAUGCCAGGUUGUUAAUGUAGAUUAGUAGUUACAUUUUAUUAGUUAUGUGAAGUAUAGUGACUUGAUAAUGGGGCUGUUCUUAGGUUUGACAGUUCUUUUCCAUGCUGUAAGAAGGGAUUCAUAGAUUUGGGAAAUGCUGUCUGUUUGACUUUUGUACUGUCUGGAGUAGUGCUGACCAUCCCACUGUGAUUUUAGUUAGAGAAGCAGCCUCCUGGGUAUCUUGGUUUUUAGUGGCCAGGUAAUGUUUGAUUAUUGAACUGGGUUAUAGAGGAAAAAAUCUCAGAUGGAAGCAUUUCCUUGCAAUCUCCACUGCAUGCUGUAGGAAAAACAACUAUUCCACAGCUAGGUGUUCUGUGUUUGGUUUACUUGGAAAAGAGCAGGCUUACAAAAUCAAACCAACCCAAAUAUAUAGUUGCUCUCCAUGGAAUUAUUGCCAGAAGCUAGAUGAAAAUACCUAGGAUACUCUCCUGUCCUGAUCUUAGUAUGACAAAUUUCAUCAUUUUUGGGGGUGACUGAAAUAUGUUAAAAUGCACUUUAAAAAUAAUCCUUUGAAGCAUAAAAGGGUUGCAGGGUUUUUUUUUUCACUGUGUCUUUUUUAACAAGGGUUUCUGUGACUUGAAUGCUGAUAAAGGCAGUUCCCUGUAUUACAUAGGGAAUACAUACAUUGAGGCACUGCUGAAGACAGACUGUCAACAGUGUCUUGUUUUUCCAUGUGAGUCAGUGGCCAUGGAAGACCAGGGAACAGGAGAACUUCACAAGAAUGAGGAAAGUGAAGGCUGAGUAACAGGCAGGGAAGGUUUCCUGUUUAGGCUGAUGAACUGUGUUAGUGUAAUCAGUGCUCACUCCAUUCCAAGGAGGUACUUUCCCUCCCACAGGUAAAACAGAGCACGGCUCAAGGAGUUACAGGUUUUCCUCUUUGCUUUUUGUACCACACAAAAGUGUCUGCCUUCUGUCCUGAAGAAGAGUGGUCUGCUGAGAACUAGUUAAGUGUAUGGUAACAACACAGUUUAACAUUUGGAGAGCUGUUAAAUUGGCUUACAGUUGUAUUUAGGACCUAGGCCUUCCAUUAUGAGGUUAAAAAAUGUCUCUCUUCCCUAGGAGACCAUUUGAAAACCUUUAGAAGAUCCAGGAUUGUACCUUCAUAGAAAUUUCUUGAGGCUUUCUUUAUCAUUAAAAAGUCCCUUUUCAUGUUUCUUUUGGAGGACAUUUGUAGAAUUUGGUUAUUUCCAAUUUUAUUAUCCAACCAAACUGCUGACACUCAUUGUACUUAUUCUGAACCUCAAAUUUAAUGGAAUAAUGAGGAUUAACCUUCCUGCCAUGAAGCAUUUAAGCUUUCAUAAGAACAUGUGAAACACCUUAGCAUGAACUGCUCUGUAGAAAUUUAAACCUCAGUUUCCCCCUAGAGCUACAUAAAAAAGAUCCACAUUGAUGUAAAUGUUAUCUUAGAGACCAAAAUUGUGGCAAGCUGGCAGUUUUAACUUCUAAUUGUUCAAUCAAUAAAAAGAGGUUAUGGCACAGAGGUUAUCUUCUCCAGAUAAAAGCAGAGGAGAACUUUGACUGUACUUCCUUAGAAAGUGUCCUUUUUAAGGCUCCUGCCUCACGUCAUCUGUGUAUCUCCAAAAGCCAGUCUCCUACUCACCUCCUUUACACUGCACUGGCAUGUGGAAAUGGGAUGAUCAACACCCUUUCCUUCUGUCAGUUCUGUGAGCAAUGUGGAUUCCUCUGCAGAUGUGAGGGAGGGAUUUGGGGUACCUGCACGAUCGUAGGUGAAAACAAGGGUAUGGAAGGCUGUCCUCUGAACACGGCAUGCAAACUUGUCUUGACAACUUGGAAGCAUUUUUUAAAAGUGAGCCAAGAGCUGCAUUUUCAGAGACAUUAAAGCUGCAGACAGAUGCCUGUCAAUGUUCAAAAGCAUCUCGGUAACACUGCAGUAAGAGCAUAAAACUUGUAUGGAAGUGGUUUUGCACUAAAGGGAAUCUGAGAAAAGAAAACAUUAAUGUGAAAGGCAGAGCAUUCUGAUUAUUCUGCAUUUUUCAUGUUCAUUCCCUAAAUGCUGUGCAUAAGGAAGCUUUUUUUCCCCCUUUAUAAGUGAUAUUAAAAUAGAUUAUUCUAGGUGUGAAAAGUAGUUUGAUACUUGACAAAAUAAAAUGCUAUAUAUGUUUUCUUGAGAGAGUGAUUAAUAUUGCUGAGGAGAAGAACUUUGCAGAUAGGGUUUGGUGGUGUAGGAUCAGGGAUUCCCCAAAGCUGUGUGACACACAAACGGUGUGACACACACCUACCAUUCCCAAAGCUGGGGAGGCCAAGGGAGGAGACCAGCCCCUGUCCUGCCUGCCAGACAUAGAUACAGACAUCUACUGAGCAGGAAGUGAAUUUAGUUAUUUCUAAAAGUGUUUUUAAAGCUUUCUAUUUUUUAAGUCUGUAAGGAGAAAGGAUUUCUGACACUCAGAUAUGCUCAGUGCUGUCAACCAGCUUUUCCCUCUUCUGUGCCUCACUCGGCGACCUGACAGGUCCAAAGCCCCCAACUCCAGACAGGGAGCAUUCCAGCCAGGCUGGCUCACACACCUGUUGGGGAGAAGGUGAAAAUCUCUAAUUCAUAUUGAAUUCAUUCACUGCAUUCCAAAAUUAUCUGAAGGGUUUGGAUGAGAACAGUGUUAAAAUGAUUCUGCAUUUUCUAGCACAAAUGUGUUGCUGUUUUUCAAGGUUCCUUCAAGAGAUGCAGGCUGUACAUUUCUAAUCAUCAGUAACUGUUUUGCUUUGAAACUUUCUUAUCACAAUACUGUCUAGAUCAUUUGGAAUACGAGGAGACAAAGGAGCAAGCUUGCAUACUACGGUAAUUUUUUAUACUUUACGUUCAUCUAUUUAUGAAUUUAUUAUGAAAAGUAUUUUUAAACAUAUGAAAAACCUGCUUUUGUUGUGAAUUUUAGCAAAGUAGUGGAUACAUUGUACUGUGUAUCAUUAAAAAGGUUUAAUUAAAGUAAACUUUGCAAUUAAUAUCUUUUGUUGUUAUUUUAUGCAUGUACCUUGUUGUGGUAUAUUAUCAGAAACAAAAUCAAGUUUUAAGAAAUUCUGUAUCCCGUUCUACGGUGAUGUGUGGUCUGCUUUUACACAUGACCUAAUGUAGUCUUUAUUAAACAAACGGUGCUUAACUCUCUUCCUCUUAUCCUUACAACUGUCCAUCCUUCCAGAAAUGCAUGCACUUUAAAUUGCUUGAGUUAGUAAGCUCUGCAGCAUAACUGUCUGGAAGAUUAAGAAUUAAACCCAAAAUUUUCAGCGUUGCAGAA